AUGUCCUCUAUUAUCUCUGCUGAGGAUGAAGAUAUCUUUGAACGUCUUCAACAGCGUGCCGAUCCCAAAGUCCUGGAGGAACAGCAAGAAGCCAUCAAUGAACGAGUCCAUGCAAUUUACCAAAAGGCCCAAGCCCGUCUGGGGGAAUUGAUUGACCAAAAUUCCACCUUGCCAUGUGCUAUUUCCUCAGUUCAGGUUCUUAACGCUCACCAGACGCGUAGAAGAUUCCUAGAACGCAUAUUUAAUCCGUUGCUGAGUACUCACCAAACUAGACACUAUACACUCUCCGAGGCCUUGCGAGAAAUCUCAGCACGUGCGGACAAACUCAGCCGAUUUGACAUUUUCCAACAGCCAAUUUCAGUGUACCUUGAUCAGUCUCCAGAUUCGGACCUUCGAACCGGUCUACCGAAUCUCGAUGUUUAUGUUUCCGUAAAGGAAAAGCCACGUGUGCUGCUGAAGACUGGAACAGAUCUCGGGAACACAGAAGGAUCUGCCUACGGCAACCUGCUUUGGCGCAAUGUGUUCGGAGGCGCUGAGAAUUUGAACUUGAAUGCUUCCCUAGGCACUAGGACAAGGUCCGCUUAUCAAGCCACUUUCGAGACCCCUAUUCUUAGCGACCCGAAUUUCCGUUUGGAGAUUGGUGGGAUCGCCAGCUCGACCCAAAAGUCCUGGGCUAGCCAUGAAGAGGUCCUAAAAGGUGGCUGGAGCAAACUUCGUUGGAUGAGUGAAUCCGGCCAUCGUCACGAAGCUGGCUACAAUUGCUUCUGGAGACAGAUGACGGGUCUGGCUGAAAAUGCCUCUCCCACGGUUCGGGCGGACGCCGGUGACAGCGUGAAGAGCAGUGUUUUCCAUAGUUGGACAAAAGACGGAAGAGACAACUCCCUUCUUCCAUCUCGUGGCUAUUAUGCUAAAGUAUUCAAUGAGCUGGCCGGUUGGGGUCCCCUUAAGGGAGAUGUCUCAUUUUGGAAGUCGGAAGUCGAAACGCAGGGCGCAGUUCCGAUUCCAAUCCCAGGAAUUAAAGGUGAAAGUGGCAUUAGCCUGACCGCUGGGCUUCGCGCUGGACUUUUCUACCCCCUUGGACUUGAUUCAAAUCCGACCCCUCAACUGUCUCGCACUAAUGACCGCUUUCUUCUCGGUGGCCCGACAGACGUUCGUGGGUUCCGUCUCUGUGGCCUUGGACCCCAUGACGGAGCGGACGCAGUUGGAGGAGAUGUUUAUGCCGCAGGAAGUGCCAAUUUACUCCUUCCCCUUCCCCGCGUGGGUGCUGAAAGGCCUUUGCGGCUGCAGGCUUUUGUGAAUGGUGGCCGCCUGUUACCUCUACGGACAGCCCAGAAGAGCACCCCUACUACCAACGCCGAGGUGGCGAACGCAAUGGCGUCUACAAUUUCCGAGUUGAGAAAUGGCCUGCCCAGCCUUGCAGCGGGGAUUGGGCUCGUCUACGCUCACCCGGUUGCCAGGUUCGAGCUGAAUUUCUCCCUGCCGCUGGUACUGCGGAAAGGCGAGGAAGGCAGGAAGGGGUUACAACUCGGAAUUGGCAUUAAUUUCCUGUAG